AAUUUAUCUCCCAUCAAAUAUUUGUGUUCAAACUAUUUUACAUUCAGCGAUGGAUAGUAUGACUGUGCUUUCGUCACUUAACCCUUACUGGCUGGUAGCUAUCGCAGCGCUAGUCAUCCUCCCAAUGGCUAUUGUCUAUCACCAGAGGUCGAACUCACCUUGUAAGAGUUUUGUUACGAAACACCAUGGUGUUUCCAUCCAUGAGACGCAAAUUAUCAAGAGCACUGUCUCUCACUAUCGCCUUUUCCCAAAGAAACACGGAUUCCUUUACCCCUACUUGGCUGUCGGCGUGCCUAUACGAUCCCCGAGCUCAAAUUGGAUAUUCUCUGUUGAUACCACUACAUGGUGGAAACGGGGCUGGCUUCAUGUGUCAGCCAAAGAUCAUUUACAUAGAGGAAGUAAUUACGAGACCCUAUCUGAAAAGUUGGAUUGCUAUUUGAGACAGCAGGGAUUGAACCCAGUGGCAUUUCCUCACGUCUAUCUACUUACCACGCCGUGCUUCCUUGCUUAUCGGUUCAGUCCGGUAUCAUUUUGGUAUCUCUAUACACCAGAUCUCCAGCUUCAAUAUGUCGUUGCCGAGGUCAACAAUACCUUCGACGAGAGACGAAUGUAUUUGUUUCCAGCGCGCGACCACUCCGACGUAUUCAAGCAGACCCUUGCCAAAGAUUUUCACGUGUCUCCUUUCAAUUCAAGAAAAGGGUCAUAUGCGCUCUGCACCUCUAAUCCGGCCAACGAAGAAGACAUAUCAGUCUCUAUUACCUUGCGGUCUUCAAAAGGACACCCCAAACUUAUUGCUCGCUGGUGGUCUACGGCCUAUGUGAUAAACCCGUCUAAUUAUCCGACCAGACUUGCUCUAUGGUUCCUCGCGCGCUGGUGCUGGACUGUGUUAAUUACAUACCCUAGGAUCGUAUUCCAGGCAAUGCUGCUGGCUCAGGUUCAUAAGUUAAGCAUAUGGUAUCGUCCAGAGCCACAGGGAUCAACCAUUCCACGACACGCAAAUUCGUCCGAGUUAUUACUAGAAACCAUAUUCAAGCAAUAUCUGGGACGGCUACUUCGAUAUUCGCCGAAGGAAUUUAGUCCAGACUUAUAUUAUUAUGAGUCCAUUCAACCCCCCUCUCCUACUUGCGGCAAGGAUCACUCUCAAAAGCUGAACCUGCGUCACGUACAGUUGAAAAUUCACACACCACAAUUUUACCGCCAAAUGACAACCUACGAAAAGUUGACAGAUUACCUGUCAUACACUUUACUUCAUCCAUAUGAAGAAAAUCGCACCGCUUGGUCUAAUGACGCAAUGCGAUUAAUUAAAUCCUUACAGGAACUGGAAUCCAUAGAAGUGAACCAAAAACGCAUGUCCCAUGAACUUCUAUCUAUGAACCUACCCCUCAGAAUUACGUGGAGGAUAUAUAGGCAUCUACGUACCACUACACCUUUGAAGGGGUCUUAUCCCGAAUUUGGCUUACCGAAAGCCCGUGAUAAUGGUCAUUCCACCUUACGAACUAAACCCGUGUUGUCUGCUUCGGAGAGUUGGACUUGCUUUUUGGACGAUUUCGUCUGCAUUCAUUGUACCAGGACGCUGCAGGUGCGAUAUAUGAUAGCUAUACUGGGUCUUCAAUGCAGAACAAAAGUAAUGGGUAUUAUAGGAGGCGAGUAAAAUGAUAACUGAAGAAGGCUUUUAUUCGAGCGAAGAAUGCUCAUGAGAUAGUUACUAUUCACAUGCACGAUGGCUAGAUUAGUAGGAUAAUUGAGUCAAUGCUGGUCUA